CGCCAUAUUUGUUGUCGCCUAUCUACCUUCCCCCCUCUCUCACCACCACCACCACCGCGCUGACCCCCCCCCCCCCGCCUUUGGUCUCCUUUCCCCCACUCUAUCGCGCUUUGCUCUCUUUUCUCUGCUCUGCGCGUUUUGCGUCGUCCACUUCUUCUGUUGCUACUGAUUCCACAUCCUCGUUCUCCAACAUUGCCGUGGCAUUUCUUCACAUCUACUCUUCCCAACUCCCUUCCCUUGCCUCGACGUAGGGUUAUCUGUCGAAUGGAUUUCCAAGUGGACUUUCAACUCACUUGCUCCAAACCCUAGGUCCGUAUGGGUAUUGCCACUCUGCAUUUGCAACUCUGCACACUGCACCUUGACUAUCCGGGAUGACACAUUUGCUUCGGAGGAGAUGGUCCAGAUUUUCUGUUGCUGCUCUACCAUCCCUCAAUCGCUCACUUUUUGCGGCACAAACGAUCCAUCGAUAAAGCACAGGUAAAGUGCAGACAAUCAUGGCCUCGGAUCCAAGUGUGGAGCAGGAGGCCGCUAAGUUUCUCGACAAGGUCGGGGAUGAAGACAAGAAGGACCCCAAAAAAUUGGCAUCUAAGCUCUAUGCGAUAUGCCAGCACAUGAAAUCUUCUGGGAAGGAAUCGACGCUACCCUUCAGAAUCGUUUCGAGGGCGUUUGAUAUAGUGGUGAAGCAAUACAAUUUUGCUGCAUCAACUACUGUUCAAGGUCCUGUUACAACUGCAAGUGCUGGUAAUGGUACCCAGUGUGGUGGCACGUCUGAAGACAAAAAGGAAGUACCAUCUGUAUCCGCACCUCAGCUCGUGCAAGACAAUCAAUCUGGUCACAGUGCUGAAGAGAAGAAGCAAUGUGUGCAAGUCAAUGAUGGUACAACCGUAUCUGCAGUUUCUCAAGAAGACUCGCCAAGAGUUUCGGUGCAAGCUGUAGGAUCAGUCACGGCCCCGACUUCAGUUUCUGGUGUAGUUCCUCCUGCAUCAUCAUUGCUUACGAGUACUGCCCCGAAGUUACAUUCUGACAUUAGCAACCAAGAAGAGUCUGUGCUUUCUGGCGAGAAAAGUCAAGUCGAGCAAUCCUCGGCUCUUUCAGAGAAAACCAGUCAUUCUCAACAGAUCCUGCCAACGAAUCAUUUGCCGAACCUGUCAUCAGGAGAAUCAGAAGCUGUUGCCCUUCCAACAUCUGCUGCUCCACCAGUAUCUUCUGCUUCGCUAAUAUCUUCUGUCGCACCAUCCUCUGCUGUGGUGCCAGUAAUUGUUACCAAUGCAGAUACUAGUGCCACUUCAACUUCACCCAUUGUAGAUAAUUCUGUAGGCAAAGGAAAGAAACGAAAGCAACCUGCUACCAAACCGGAGGUAGAGAUGACCCCUAGACAAACACGCAGAAAAACCUGCAAUACUGAUAGCGUUGGUCCCAAGUCAGUCGAUCCUCCCAAAACCAGAGGACAAGCGAAGGCUGCACAGCAAACCAUCGCUGAUUUUGGUUCGAAAUCACCUUGUCCUGCAGUUGUAACCCGCACUCGUGCCCGCCUGCUAGAGAAGGCAGUUAGUAAUACGGCCACAAAGAAAGGUGAGAAGACGGAUGACUUGGACGACCCUUCAUCAACAACUCCAUCUCAAAGUGCAGGUACUUCCAGCACUGGCGCCCAGAUUUCAGAUGUAGCAGUUAGUUCGGAAAAGCCAGAUAGAGCAGCUGCUACCAUAGCAGAUGAAGGUGUAAAUCAUGUUGCGACUGCCUCCGGAGGUAGCGCUGGAGCAUUGGGUACAAGUCCAACAGUCACUGUUGAAGGAAAAUUACAAGAACAAAUUUCUAAAGAUGGGUCAAAAUCGCCUGGAAAUGAACCUCACAUGGUGAAGCAGGUUGGCGAUGGUCUUGUUGAGGCCCUGAAGGUAUCUUCAACCUCGUUUACAGAUGACUCGCUCACGUCUUCAGCAGUCGACAUGCAGGGUAGUGUUCAGUGUACCAUAAUCUCAGAGUCAGCUGGCGGUACUGGCAGGGAUAAUUUCAGUGGUGGCGAUUCCCAAUUCACCCAGCCUGUAUUAGUGUCUUUCAAGAACUCACUUGUACAUGAAAAUCAUCCUGGUUCUGGCAAUGGGGCCAGCCAAAAUAAUGAGGCUUUUACCAUCGAGCAGCUAAAUUCCUCAGGGCAGUUAGCAGCUUUGUCCUCGAGCCUCCCAAGUGUUGCCACUUCAGUGGCCGUAGUUGAUAAGUCAUCAGCCGGAGUGAAGGGUGGAGGUCAAACACCUCAGCAGAGAAAAGGGAAGACCACAAAGAACAGCCAUGCUACUGGUAGCAGUGAGGUAGUAGCGGAGGCAGCUAGCUCCGGUAAAAAGAAUUUGAAAUGCCCCAAAAAGAAAUCAGCAGAGUUCAGUUCUCUGUUGAAGGAUUCUGACCAAUCUAUGCCUCCUGGCAACAGUAGUAGCUCAUUGGGUGACGUUCAGCCUGGCCUUGCUGCGGAAGCUGCCUCGGCGCCUGUAUUUUCUGACUAUCAGUUGAAGCAGCUAAGAGCACAAUGCCUCGUGUUUUUGGCUAUGAGGGCAUCCAAGGAGCCAAAGAAAACGCAGAUGCAACUGGCCUUGCACAACCCGAAGAAGAAAGCUCCUAGAGGUGGAAGACGAACGAAAGGUGACGAGCUUGGAUUAGAGGAGAAGUCGGGCAAUGUCCCUGAGCUACCAUCAGGCCUGACAUCGUUCAAUCCAGAGAAAGUUGAGGUGCCAGCGACUAGUUCAAUAGAUUCCAUGCUUGCUGUUGGGCCUCCCUCGUUGAAGCCUAAUGAAGGCAGUGUGCACACAGAUUCUAUGGUACUUUCAUAUCCCCCUCCUACAGAGGGAGUGUGUAUGAAAAAUCAGGAGCAGCUUCAGGUUCAGAAGCCUGUCGAUGCCAGCAUUUUGGAAGGAGCGGAUGAACCUGCUGAGCGCAUCUUGAAUUCCACUACAAGGCGUGAGGAGUUGAAUCCCGCAAUUUCAGAAGUCAAGGUGCUUACGAACGGGGCCGCAGUUUUGGAAUUUGGAGGGUGCAGCACCGCUGAGGUAUCUCCAGGGCAUGUUGAUAGUAGUUCGCUGACAACGCCGGCUGAGAAUCAGGAUCUGGAUGGGCAAAAUGUACGCGCAGAGACCUCUACUGACAAGCACGUUACCCAACAGGUUGUUGAGUCCUGCACAGGUACUACUGUAUCACCUGAGGAAAAUAAUGCUUCCUCUAGAGAGCUACAAUCACUAACCAGGGAUUUUCAGUCAGUUGCUGACUCUGUGCGUCCCUCUGAAAGUGAUGGCAAUAAUGCAGCACUAAUGACAGAUAUCUCACCAGACAACCUACCGAACACUGUUCGUGCCGAUGGAGCUGCAGCAAAUGCGGGUGGCGAAAGGGCCGAGGUUUUAGCGCAAGCUACUGAGACACAUACUGAAGUAAGUGAACUUCGCAAUAUUCAGCUUCAGAAAAGGACUGAUGACAACAUUGGCGCAGGGCUACCGAGAAGUUUAGCGUCACAAGUGUCUCAGGAGGGACAGAAUUCCAUGAUUUCAAUUCCUCCUUCAAUAGGGAUGAAGAGGUUCUCUGAUUUGCAUCCGGUUGUCCAAGCUCAAGAUCCAAAAUCACAACCGGGUAUUGUAGCCAAUCAUGCUCAACUUUCAGAACUUGCAAGAAAGUUAGAAGCAUCCAAAAACCCAAAUCUGUAUAAAAAUCAACUCUUCCGUGUGGCACACGGAGAUGGAAUUCCUGGGCAACCUUAUCUACAGGCCGCUAAUGCCUAUAAUCUUUCCAUGAGGGCAAAUGCUACUCCCCCUGAAGACCCUAGUUUCAUGACCCCACCUCAACCUAAGAGGAGAAGUGGUCUUUACCCUACUGGCACAUCGAAUACCUCAUCACCACACCAACUUCCUCAGGUUCAUCAACGCAAUGGCGCUUUACAUGCCAACCAAAUGAAACAGGGCUUUAAACUUCCUGAAAGGACUCCAAUGUCAAGCAGUAGUGAAUUCCACGGUAACUGGAGAACGCCUAUUGAGGAUGGGCCUGCGAUGAACAGAAUGGAGGUGGAUAUCCCCCAACUGAAUGCCCCUCCAACUGGUCCUCCGAAGUACACCAUAAUGGACAAAUUGACAUUGUAUGAACGGAAGCGUAAAGCCAUUGCAGAUCAGAAUUGGUCAUUUAAGCAGAAGAAAACUGAAGAACACAUAGCCAUACGUUAUCAUGAAGUCAAGGAGACCGUGCGCUCCACCGAGGAUAUAUCUAUUAAGACUAGGAGCGUAAUCGAACUAAAGAAGUUGCAAUUACUACAACUGCAGCGGCAGCUACGCAGAGACUUUUUGCAUGACUUUUUCAAGCCUGUUAUGGCGGAUAUGGCAACACUGCGGACUAUGAAAAGGAACCGUGCAGGAAGACGACUGAAGCAGUUGGAAAAGCUUGAGUUGAAGCAGAAGGAAGAGAGACAGAGGCGCAACAGAGAGAAGCAAAGAGAGUUCUGUCGUGAAGUUGAAUCUCAUAGGGAGAAAAUGGACGAGUUAUCGAAGAGGAAAGCACACCGCUUGUUGGGAUUCAAUCGUUAUGUCAAGGAGUUCCAUAAGAAGAAAGAACGCAUCUAUCGUGAGAAAGCUGACAAGCUUCAACGUGACAGAAUUAAUGCCUUAAAAAACAACGAUGUUGCUGGCUACCUUCGUAUGGUUCAGGAGACGAAGUCGGAUAGAGUUGAAAAACUCUUACGAGAGACCGAAGGCUAUCUGCAGAAGUUGGGGGUCAAACUUCAGAAACAGAAGGAGCUGGCAAGGCUAGAAAACGAUCAUUCAGAAAAUAAUUCCGUUUUUGAAGUAGCGAAACAACCUGAUGCCAAGGAUAAUACUCAGCAUUAUCUUGAAAGCAAUGAGAACUAUUAUUCCCUGGCGCACAGUGUAAAGGAGAUUGUGGAUGAACAGCCACUGACGUUGGAGGGUGGCAAGUUACGCGAGUAUCAGCUAAGCGGUCUUCGAUGGUUGGUGUCUUUGUACAACAAUCAUCUUAAUGGUAUUCUUGCAGAUGAAAUGGGUCUUGGUAAGACUGUUCAAGUUAUUGCUCUUAUAUGUUACCUGAUGGAGGCAAAGAAUGACCACGGGCCUUUCUUGAUUGUGGUACCGUCAUCAGUGUUACCCAACUGGUUGGCAGAGUUAUCUCGUUGGGCUCCCCGUGUUUCUGUGAUAGCGUAUUGUGGUGCUCCUGAUGAACGCCGUCGCCUGUAUAAAGAGGAAAUCCAACCACAACAGUUCAACGUGCUCGUCACGACAUACGAGUUUCUAAUGAGCAAGCACGACAGACCGAAGCUGGCUAAAAUUCCUUGGCAUUAUAUUAUUAUAGAUGAAGGCCAUAGAAUAAAAAAUGCUUCUUGUAAACUCAAUGCUGAGCUGAAACAAUAUCAGAGUACUCACAGAUUACUUCUUACAGGAACACCUAUUCAAAACAAUUUGGAAGAGCUAUGGGCACUAUUGAAUUUUCUUUUGCCCAGCAUAUUCAAUUCAUCAGAUGACUUCGCCCAAUGGUUUAACAAGCCUUUUGAGAAUGUAGCAGAUCCAACUGCUGAAGAGCAGGCUUUGCUGACCGAAGAGGAAAACCUCCUUAUCAUCAACCGUCUUCAUCAAGUUCUACGUCCGUUUAUGCUGCGUAGGCUUAAGCACAAGGUUGAAAAUGAGCUUCCAGAGAAGAUCGAAAGAUUAGUGCGGUGCGAAGCUUCUGCAUAUCAGAAGUUGCUUAUGAAACACGUCAAGGACAAAAUGAAGUCACUAAAUCAUGCAAAGGGUCGUUCAAUACAAAAUACCGUCAUGGAACUACGAAACAUUUGCAAUCAUCCUUAUCUAAGCCAGCUCCAUUCAGAGGAGACAGAAAAAGUUUUGCCACCUCAUUACUUGCCCAUUGUAGUUCGCUUUUGUGGAAAGCUUGAAAUGCUUGACCGGAUUCUACCCAAGUUGAAGGCUGCAAAUCACAAAGUGUUGUUCUUUUCAACGAUGACAAGGCUUUUAGAUGUAAUGGAGGACUACCUUGAGUGGAAAGGAUACAAGUAUCUCCGGCUAGAUGGUUCAACGGGUGGAAGCGAGCGAGGUGCACUUAUUCAGGACUUCAAUGCUCCACAAUCAGAAGCGUUUAUUUUCUUACUCAGCAUUCGUGCAGGAGGCAUUGGAAUCAAUCUGCAAGCAGCUGAUACUGUUAUUAUUUUUGAUACGGACUGGAAUCCUCAGGUGGAUCUUCAAGCGCAAGCUAGGGCCCACCGAAUCGGUCAAAAACGAGAUGUGCUUGUGUUGCGUUUUGAAACGGUGAAAAGUAUUGAGGAGCAUGUAAGGGCUUCAGCUGAAUACAAACUUGGUGUGGCUAAUCAGAGUAUUACAGCUGGCUUUUUCGAUGACAACACCAGUGCCGAAGAUAGGAGGGAGUAUCUCGAAUCUCUUUUGAGAGAACCAAAGAAAGAAGAGGUAGCUCUUGUGCUGGAUGAUGAGGCUUUGAAUGAUCUGUUGGCUCGAAGUGACGCGGAGAUAGAUAUAUUUGAAGCCGUUGACAAGCAGCGGGCCCAGGAGGAGCAGGCUCGUUGGAAACAGUGUGUGAAAGUCAAGCUUGGAUGUGAACCACCACCUCUACCACCGCGGUUGAUAGGAGAAUCGGAGCUGGGCCCCAUUGUCAAGGUCUUGACAAACAAAUUGACCAAAAAGCCAGGUAGUUCUAAAGGAGGAAGCUCUAAAGGUGGGGCGGCUGAAAUUCAAGACUACGGGAGAGGAAAACGUGCACGAGAGAUACGGUCCUAUGGAGAACAAUUUUCAGAGCGAGAGUUUGAGAAGCUCUGUCAAGUGGACAAUAGUAGUAGUGAUGACGAUGAUGAUGAGGAUGUGCAUCCGAAGCCCCCACCUCCUCCCAAGAAAACUGAGGAAGGGCGAGGUCGUGGAAGACCCCGUAAAGUCAAAGCAGAAAGUAGUAUAAAAAAUGAUAUGUCGAAAUCCGCUCUGUAGUCUAGUCGAGUUGAUUGUAUAUUAAAGUUGUAGAGACCUAGUUCUUUGUGACUUCUGUGUUACUGCAGUGUUAUAUAUUACAUUUUAAUGAUAGUACUAGUUAGUGCGUCCUUUAUCCUAGGAUUUGUAACGAUCCACGAAUCCACGGUUACUUGCCUUGGCAUCCAAAUGAUGUGGUUUGCCUCUUGGAUCUGUAACAAGUUCAUCAAUUGCUAUUUUAAAAGUUCCGAUGCAAUUUAUGUAGACAUACUACAGUGAAUAGUUUUCCUGAC